GAUAUUUUUAUAUAUAUAUACGCUUGUUCAAGAAACGAGAUGUCGACUAUAUCUUAUAUAAUCUGUGGACUACAUUGUAUUUUGAAGAGAAAUUGUAACAAUAGCGCAUAUUUUAGUUUAAAGAAAGUUUAGGUUUUUCAAAUUCAAAACUUUCAUUUACUCUGAUGAAUCUGGAUCAAGAAGAAAACGUCGUCUUUUCACCACCUACUAUAUACGAUCAACAAUAUCCGGAUUUCGUAGAAAAUGUACUAAAAGAAGCAGCCGACGAUUUUGAAAAAGAAAAAAAAUUUUCUGAUCAAAAUCUAUUAAAACUAUACAAGCUAUUUAAUAGAACAUUUGAAAGAGCCUUAGAUUUAUAUGAACAAAAACGAGUGACACAGGUUUCGACAUCUAGUACGAUUAUAACAGAGCCAUACAAGAGUGUAAGCGAGGUCAGUUGGUUGAUGCAAGUUAAAGGACACUCUGGAGUAUCAUACACACUUUUUCCUGAAAUAAAUUAUUGUACUUGUACAGCUUUUAGACAUCAGGUACUGAGAGAUCGGUCCGCUUUUACAUGUAAACAUGUUUUGGCAGCUUGGCUAGCCAGUGUUGAUAAUGAAAAGUUGUUGCACCAACAAUUAACGCAGAAACAGUUUGAUAAUUUAUUAUUAUAUCAGACUACAGCUAUUUGCUUCGGCAGUGAAAAUGGAUUGAAAAUUACAGUAGAAGAUGCAAAAUGUAUGCAGGCUACUGUAUAUAUCCCAUCUGCAGUUUUCGAUGAAUUUGAAUUGAAAGAGGAUGUGACUUUUUCAUUAAGUUUAAAUAUAUUAGUAGAGUGCCUUUGUAUGUUCUGGCCAGCAUCCCAAGAUAAUUCAGUUGCAGUGCAAAUGUUUUACAAAGGUACAGGUUAUCCUGUAAGUAUUAUCAUUGAAGAAGAUGGUGUCAUCACAGAUUGCUCUUUGAAAACGCUAGAGGUAGAUACAUUAUUAGAUUUUCAUCUGGAGGCCGAAAAUAUUGUAAAUAAAGUAGUGUUGCAAACAGAAUUGUUAAAGGAUAUCAUAGCUGAAUUAGAUCCAACUAGCGAAUUAGUUGAGUUUCAUUUGUCACCAGAUGAUCCUUUCUUCAGAAUUAGCACAAAUGGUCUAGGCGGUAUUUGUCAUAUUGAUUUACCUCACGAUAGCGCUUUGAUAGAUACUUUUCAAUGUACAUCAACGGCAACAUCCAGUUUCAAAUUAGCACACAUUAAACCGGCGAUGAAAGCGUUAUCGUGUGCUAACAAAGUUUGCCUAAGAACCAGCAGUGCUGGAAUAUUAAACUUUCAAUACAUGAUAAAAACCGAAAAUGGGCAUACUUGUUACAUGGAAUAUUAUAUAUCUCCAUUAAUAGAUACGGACGAUUAAAUAGUGAUAUACAUACUUUAAUGAUAACAGUAAUAUGCCCAGAUGCCUAUUUGUGUGGAAAGUUCUCUAUUACUAAUGAUUAAAUAUAUUUAAUACAUACCUUUUAAUUUAUACUUUUUUUUACAUCUUCAGAUAUUUUAGAUCUUUCUUUUAAAUAUUGUAUAGUUUUAUUUUUCGCUAUAUACAUAUUUAUGCGCGUUUUGAAAGAAUUACAAGGUAAAAAGAUUGUGAUGAAAAUGCGUGUCCACAUUUCCAUUAAUCCUUAUUUGUAGAAAAGAACAUAUUUUUUAUUUGGUUUCAUACACAAUAGGUAAUGCAGUUACACUGCUGUACAUGGAACAUUAUGUAGUACGUAAUAUGUAAAUACAUCAGAAAAUGUGCACAAUGUAAGCGGCUAAUAUUUGUUUCAAUUAUUAUUUGCUAUACUCAUUUUAUAAACACAUGCAUAUUUAAAGAUUAAAUAUGAAUUAAAUAUAUAAAUUCUAACUUUGUAGGAAAACAAC